AUGGCAAAUUCUGCAGACCGCCCGGACAUUAGCGAAACCACCUCCCAGAACCAAAACCGAACCCAGCAACAUGUCUUGGGUAUUCCACGACCUCCCUCGGUGGGCGGAAUCUCUUCCCGAGUAACGGAUAUGGCUUCAGAAGAUGGCGAGCGAACGCAAUCUUUCGCGUCACCUCCGUCGUCGGUCCAGCAGCGUCCCACUGCCUCACAACGAGGCCCGCCCCCAACGAGAAACUCAAUGGCUGCAUCUAGCCAAGGCAGACCAGGAAGCUCAAACAGUCGACUGAGCAGGAGCCAUAUUCCGUCCUUGACUGCUCAAGGAUUUUUCCGGCCGAUGAGCUCGCAACGACUGCAGGCGCAUCGAGGCACGCGCCCCAUGACGAAGGGAACUGUGUCGUCCACGGAUGAGUGGGCGGACCAAAAUAGUCAGAACCGGAGGAGUAUCAUCUCCAACAGUACUUUCCAGGCGGGAUCAGUCCCUGCAGAGGCUGAAGUACCUCCUCCGUCGCGAGGCACGGAGUUUACAGAUCCCAUCAUCACUGAUCGCAACACGUCCAAUGCAAGUCCCACGGGCCACACAACGAUCAGAAGCCUGGGGGAAAGUGUUAAGCUUCUCCGAGACCGAGACCAACAGAAUAAGCCGCGUCCUACCCACCUGAACCUCGGCGCAAACUAUGGUCAUUCGGGACAAGAUAUCCAAGCGCCACCCAAGUCACCGCUCUCAUUUUUGUCAUUGCGGAAUGGUACCACAGCACACAAAAGUCAUGAUCAUCGAGGACAUGAUCGGCUGUCCUCAGCAAAUUCGUCUCCUGGACCCAUGGACGUCAAGAAACCCGGAUUACCUAAAGGUAGAUUGGGUAAGAAUUGGGAAUACUUUAUUGGUAAUACUCUAUUUUGUGGUGGUGGACGGUUUCAGAACUCGAGGGAUAAGCCCGUGAACAUUGCUACGGGAUUUCUGGUUGUUCUUCCUUCGGCGCUGUUCUUUGCAUUCUCGGCUCCAUGGUUAUGGCAUAAUAUCUCCCCUGCCAUUCCCAUUUGUUUCGCAUACGUUUUCUACAUCUGUUUCUCCUCGUUCGUGCAUGCGUCUGUUGUCGACCCGGGCAUUAUGCCACGAAACGCGCAUUCGUUGCCCCCUACACAUCCAAGAGAAGACCCAUUGUCACUUGGUCCUCCCACAAAUGACUGGGUCAUGGUCAAGCUGGCUACUUCCGAAGUGGCCGCUAUGGAUGUGCCGGUGAAAUACUGCAAAACUUGUAGUAUUUGGCGACCUCCGCGCUGCUACCACUGUCGGGUGUGUGACAACUGCGUCGAGACACUUGAUCACCACUGCGUCUGGCUCAAUAACUGUGUCGGGCGUCGCAAUUACCGCUAUUUCUUUGCCUUUGUGAGCUCAUGCACUAUUUUGGCGCUGUUCUUGAUUGGUGCUAGUCUGGCGCAUAUUCUGGUGUACAUGGCGCGUGAGAAUGUCUCUUUUGGAGCCGCUAUUUCGAAGUGGCGCGUCCCUUGGGCCAUGGUCAUCUACGGUAUUGUCGCUGUGCCGUACCCGACAUCGCUUAUGGUUUACCAUAUGUUCUUGAUGGGCCGAGGGGAGACCACUCGAGAAUACCUCAAUUCGCACAAGUUCAACAAGGCAGAUCGCCAUCGGCCAUUCACCCAGGGGAACGUCCUCAAGAACUGGAUAACCGUUGUGGGACGUCCUCGACCUCCUACCUACCUGCAGUUCAAAAAACCUUACGAAGAGGGCGAUCAGCGCUUUGCUAUGCAAAAGCGCAAGUAUCUCGUCCAUGAUGAGGAAUCGCAAGUAGGGAUUGAGAUGCAACACGUUGGUUCGCAACAACAGGAGUAA